AUGUUACGAACAUCUGCUUCUUAUUCAUUCAGAUCUUUCAGCACGAGCUCUAUAGCAUUUGCACAAAAUUUAACUGAAAAAAUAGCACAAAAAUAUGCAGUUAAUUUACCAGCAAAUAAGGAAGUUCAUUCAGGUGAUUAUAUCUCAAUCAAACCACAACACUGUAUGUCUCACGAUAAUUCCUGGCCAAUCGCCUUGAAAUUUAUGAACAUUGGUGGUUCUAAAAUCUACGAUAAUAGACAAAUAGUUAAUACCAUAGACCAUGAUGUCCAAAACAAAUCCGAAAAAAAUCUAACUAAAUAUAAUAAUAUCAAAAAUUUUGCCUUGAAACAUGGCAUUGAUUUUUAUCCUCCUGGUGCCGGUAUUGGCCAUCAGAUCAUGAUAGAACAAGGUUAUGCAUUUCCUAACACCUUAACCGUUGCUUCAGAUUCUCAUUCAAACACUUAUGGUGGUAUUGGAUGUUUAGGUACUCCCAUCGUUAGAACUGAUGCUGCCGCCAUUUGGGCAACAGGACAGACCUGGUGGCAAAUACCACCUGUGGCUCAAGUUGAGUUGAAGGGUGAACUACCAAAGGGCUGUAGUGGUAAAGAUGUUAUUGUCGGAUUGUGUGGGGUUUUCAAUAAUGAUGAAGUUUUAAAUCAUUGUAUUGAAUUCACCGGGGAUAGCAUUUCCAAAAUUCCUAUUGAUUAUAGAUUGACCAUUGCUAACAUGACCACAGAAUGGGGUGCUUUAAGUGGUAUUUUCCCCAUUGACAAUACCUUAAUCGACUGGUACAAAACAACAAAAGUGAAAGAUUCAUCGCAUCCAAGGUUAAGUCCAGAAAGAAUUGAAAAUGAGUUAGUUAAAAAAAAUGACUCUUUAAAAGCAGAUCCUGAUUGCAAAUAUGAUAAAAAAUUAAUUAUUGAUCUAAGUACUUUAACCCACUACGUUAGUGGUCCUAAUAGUGUUAAAAUCGGCCAACCUGUACAAAACUUGAAUAAAAAACCAAUUAAUAAAGCAUAUUUAGUUUCCUGUACCAAUUCUCGGUUAAGUGAUUUACAAAUGGCCGCUGAAAUAUUACAAAACGAAGUUGGUACUAAGAUUGCUCCUGGCGUGGAAUUUUAUGUUGCUGCUGCAUCCUCUUUAAUUGAACAACAAGCCAAGGAUUUGGGAUAUUGGGAUACUUUUAUUCGUGCAGGUUGCACCAUUUUGCCACCUGGUUGCGGUCCAUGCAUUGGCUUGGGCGCUGGGUUGUUGAAAGAGGGUGAAGUAGGUAUUUCUGCUACCAAUAGAAACUUUAAAGGUAGAAUGGGUUCCAAGGAUGCUUUGGCCUAUUUGGCAUCACCUGCUGUUGUCGCUGCAUCUGCCAUUAAAGGUUAUAUAGCAUCACCCGCUGAAAUCUUGGGUCAAAGUUAUGAACCUAAUUUCACAGGUAUCAAACAUGAAAUAAUCGAAUUAGGUGAUACUGCUGCAGCUGAUACUGCCAAUACCAGCUCCGAAGGCGUUGAAAUUUUAGAUGGUUUUCCAAAGGAGAUUGUUGGUGAAUUAAUUUUGUGUGACGCCGAUAAUAUCAAUACAGAUGGUAUUUACCCAGGUAAAUACACUUAUCAAGAUGAUGUUCCAAAGGAAAAAAUGGCCCAGGUCUGUAUGGAAAAUUAUGACCCUGAGUUUAUUAACAAGACCAAACCAGGUGACAUUUUAAUUAGUGGGUUUAAUUUUGGUACCGGGUCUUCCAGAGAACAAGCUGCAACCGCUAUAUUGGCCCGUGGUAUCAAUUUGGUUGUUUCCGGUUCCUUCGGUAACAUUUUCAGUAGAAACAGUAUUAAUAAUGCCUUGUUGACUUUGGAAAUCCCUAAACUAAUUGAUUUGCUAAGAAAAAAAUACAAGGAUUUGCCUAAAGAAUUGACUAGAAGAACUGGCUGGUUUUUGAAGUGGGACGUUGCUAAUGCCUCUGUUGUUGUAACUGAGGGGGAAGGCAAAGACGCUCCUGUUAUUCUUGAAACCAAGGUUGGUGAACUAGGUAAGAAUUUACAAGAAAUUAUAGUUAAAGGUGGUUUAGAAGGAUGGGUUAAAUCAAAGUUGUGA